CCCGGAAGCGACGCAGCGCACUUACUUGCUAUGUGUCCAAGCUAGGCAGAGAAAUGAAAACAACCAGAAGUGAAACUUGAGAUGCCUUCAAGACAACAUUUUUAGGAAUAUAUCCGCCGAAGUUACGCCAAGGUGCCGCGAGACGCUGGUUUCAGGCUCUGACGUCAAGUGGACGAUGCUCUACCACACCUACAUCUGUGUGUUUCUGUUGGGGUUGUACUGUUGUGGAUGUGUCCCAUGUGUGUCUGCCUGCAAACACGAGCCAGAGACCCCAGACUGGAGGUUGACUCUGAAGACUAUCCGUAACGGAAUACACAAGAUUGACACGUACCUGAAUGCAGCACUGGACUUGUUUGGAGGCGAUGACGGACUGUGUCAUUACAGGUGUAGUGAUGGUUACAAGCCAGUGCCUCGUCCCGGGUACAAGCAACCACCACCCAAUGGAUGUGGCUCCCCGCUGUUUGGAUUUCAGUUUGACAUAGGCAUCCCGUCCAUGACCAAAUGCUGUAACCAACAUGACCGCUGCUAUGACACCUGCGGCCGUGAGAAGCGCGACUGUGAUGAGCAGUUCCAGGACUGUCUCGAGACUAUCUGCAGGAACGUGCAAAGGACUCUGGGAUUGGCUCAGAGUGUCCAAGCUUGUGAGUCAGCAGUGACUCUGCUGUUUGACGCUGUCAUGCACAUGGGGUGUAAGCCAUACCUGGACAGCCAGAGGGAGUCUUGUGUGUGUCAAUAUGAAGUGAAGAGGGAACUGUGACACCGCCACAAGAUCAAGCCUUUGGAACAGACUGAUUGAGAAGCACAACACUGACAGAAAGCUGCCAGCAAUGAACUUUUUAUCAGGGUUUCUCAGGGAUAGAGCCUCUCUGCACUGCUCUGACCUGUGUUUAUUGCCUCCUUUGUUGGAGUUUUGAAAUGUAGGAAUCUAUUAGACAAGGUGAAUGUGAAAAUGCCAAGUGGAUAAUUAAUAUCUUUACUAUGUAGUUAAUUAUUUAUAUUGUGUUAAUACUGUGUGAUGUGUUUGUCCAGUAAUAGGCUGCUAACAUGGUGUUCAGAGUUACCCAGGUUUUUAGAUGCUUGGGUAACACUUUAUUUUAUAGAUUCAUACACUGAAAAUAAUUCCCCAGUAGGUUUUGUGGUGGUAAUGAAAAACAAACAAACAGCUAUUUGGCACUGCUUAUUGGUAAAAAAGGAACAAUGUAAAUGAAGCUGUUCCUUCAAGCACAUUCUUAUGGAAACCAGCAACAGCCUUUAAACACAAAUGAUGACAGCUAAAUUAAAGUCACAGGAUUUUCAUUAUUUCCCAUACAAUUAAGAUUAGAAAUUUUUAUAGUUAAGUCCAGGAAACUGUGAGGAAAUUAUCACAAAAACUGUAAAAUAAACCAUUACAGCUGAC